AUGGCCAACAAGGAGGGCGUCAUAACCAAGGCCCAGUACUUCGAGAUUGUGAGCUCGCGUAUGAGCGCCUUCGGUGAGGACAUGCUCCAGGCCGUCUUCCGCUCCAUGGAUCUCGACGGCGAUGGCACCAUCGACGUGAACGAGUGGGUGGCCGUGGCCGGGCUAACCGCCAAAGGCAGCGUAGGGGACAGACUGGCGGCUUCGUUCAGGAUGUUCGAUGAGGACGGGAAUGGGGAGCUUUCGGUAGCGGAGGUGGAGGCCAUGUUCAUGCGCAUUGCGAAGGUGGCCGAGGGAGGCGUGCUCUCCGACGACACGAAGGCCGACACCAAGGAGGUCAUCCGACAGAUCUUCCUCCGGUUCGACACUGAUAAGCUUCGUCACGCUUUCUUGUACAACAACCCCAACCAGAGCGGGUCGCUCUCGCUGGAAGAGUUCCAGGCCGGCUUUGCCGCCGAUCCGGCCAUCUGCCGCUACUUCAAGCAGUUCUGA